UUCAAGGGGUGGCACAGGGAGGUGAUGUUGAAGAUGAUGAUGUGUAAAAGCGAGGGGCUGGGUUUUGAAAACCAGCUGCACCUGCCCCUCCUCAUCAGGAAUGGAUAGGUUAUGAGAUGGAGAGGAGAUCUAAGCAGCUCAUUCAGUUCAGCUGCAGACAAAAAAGAGACCACAAUGCCUAGAAACUAAAAACUGGAUUCUACCCUUUCAUUUGCUUCCUGCCUCUCUGGUCAGUCCUGGAUGGAUCUCUCAGAGAUGAAACAAGUUCCAGAUGCUCUGACCAAACGGUGCUUUGGUAACUGAUGAAUACUUUAGUAUCCCAUACCAAAACUCCUUCUUACCUCUGAGGGACUCCUGGUACCACUGAAAGGUGGAGCCAAUCCUCAGUGCCACAAACUCAAGGAAUGAGGAACAGCUUUUAGUGGAUUUUUGUGUCCCUGCUCAGAACAAAGGGUACCUCUUGAGGUAUCAAGACUCUAUUUUGGGAUAAAAGGUGAGGAGAAAACCCCCCGGAGAACAACAAUGCCUUUUGGUUUAGCAGGGUUGAAGGAGCAGGUGUUUAAACCAGGGAAGGAAGAGGUGAAAAACACAGUGGGAGACUCUCUGGGAAAACUGCAAAGGAAAAUAGAUGGCAGUAAUGUGGAAGAAGAGGGGAAUAUUGAGCUGACAGAGGAUGGGAGACCGGUGGCAUCAACGCCACGCCCCGCGCCGCUGCUGGACUGCAGCUGUGGCGGCCUGCCUAAGCGUUAUAUCAUCGCCAUCCUCAGCGGCCUGGGCUUCUGCAUCUCCUUCGGCAUUCGAUGCAAUCUUGGUGUGGCCAUCGUGGAGAUGGUUAACAACAACACCGUCUAUAUAAAUGGGACCCCGGUGCUUCAGAAAGCUCAGUUUAACUGGGACCCAGAGACGGUGGGGCUGAUCCACGGCUCCUUCUUCUGGGGCUACAUCGUCACUCAAAUCCCCGGUGGUUUCAUCUCCAACAAGCUAUCCGCCAACAGGGUGUUCGGAGCUGCCAUUUUCCUGACAUCACUGCUCAAUAUGUUCAUCCCAUCUGCAGCCAGAGCGCACUACGGCUGCGUCAUGUUUGUUCGCAUCCUUCAGGGCUUAGUGGAGGGUGUUACCUACCCAGCAUGUCAUGGGAUGUGGUCCAAAUGGGCGCCUCCUCUUGAACGAAGUCGACUGGCAACAACUUCAUUCUGUGGAUCCUAUGCAGGAGCAGUGAUCGCCAUGCCUUUAGCCGGAGUGCUCGUUCAGUACGUCGGCUGGUCUUCGGUCUUCUAUGUUUAUGGUGUUUUCGGGAUAUUAUGGUACACGCUGUGGCUCCUGCUAGCUUAUGGAAGUCCUGCUGACCAUCCUACAAUCACAGACGAAGAGAGGACGUACAUAGAGUCCACCAUCGGUGAAACAAUGCACAAACUGAGUGUAACCGAGAAAUUCAAAACUCCGUGGCGUCGCUUUUUCACCUCCAUGCCUGUCUAUGCGAUCAUUGUGGCCAACUUCUGCCGGAGCUGGACCUUCUACCUGCUUCUCAUCAGCCAGCCAGCGUAUUUUGAGGAAGUAUUUGGAUUCCCCAUCAGCAAGGUGGGGAUCCUGUCUGCUGUCCCCCACAUGGUGAUGACAAUUGUUGUUCCUAUUGGAGGACAGCUGGCUGACUUCUUACGCAGCAACAAAAUCAUGUCUACCACUAACGUGAGGAAACUCAUGAACUGUGGAGGGUUCGGUAUGGAGGCUACGCUACUGUUGGUGGUCGGGUUUUCUCACACUCGAGGUGUCGCCAUCUCCUUCCUUGUGUUGGCUGUAGGCUUUAGUGGAUUUGCCAUCUCAGGUUUCAAUGUCAAUCAUCUGGAUAUUGCUCCUCGCUACGCCAGCAUCCUGAUGGGUAUUUCCAAUGGGGUGGGAACGCUGUCUGGAAUGGUGUGCCCGCUAAUUGUUGGCGCUAUGACUAAACACAAGACUCGUCUGGAGUGGCAGAAUGUCUUUAUUAUUGCAGCCAUGGUGCAUUACUCAGGGGUCAUCUUUUACGCUAUCUUCGCUUCAGGAGAGCAGCAGGAAUGGGCCAACCCUGAGAGCACAAGUGAGGAUAAAUGUGGCAUUAUUGAUGAGGACGAGCUGGCUGAGGAGUCAGAGCUCACUUGCGAGAACAUGGUGGCUCCCAAAAAGACUUACGGAACAACAGACAAUUCAUCCGGUCGAAAACAGGGCUGGAAAAAGAAGAGAGGAGUUACCAUGCAAGAGGAGGAGGAGCAUUAUGAGAACGGGGACUACCAGGAGCGGUACCAGUGAGACGGCACGAGGGACAAAGGACUUAAAUUUUACAAAACUGAUCUGUGUCAGAAGCAGCAGCAUCAUAUGUACCUCAAGACACCAUCCUCUUUUUUUCAUCCUUGGUCAGCACAUCCAUUCAACUGUGAUAUAUGAAGAUUCAUUGAAAAAGAAAUUUGCAAACUGCUAAACUAAAACUUUUUAGAUUUUUAAAUCUCAAACCAGCUGAUACAAAAUGAACCAUCAAUAAAUAUCUGCUGAUAAAGUGACUCUGUCAUGACAUGUAUUAUAAAGUAAUAAGCUUAGUAAACCAUAGAAACCCCAGAUCAAAACCAAUGGCUCAACUAGUGCUGUGUUAAAGGAACAUUAAAUACACAUAUCAGCUUCUAUCCCUCUUGCACCCUGUCCCGAUCCUUUCCUUGCAAAUCCAUCUGUGCAAACCAUGACUCAGCUUAUGUAGUUUACUUUGAUAUGUGAAGGGUUUUGUGUCGGCUAUGCAAUGUGAAAAGAGGCGCACUGCCAGAAUGUAUCGAUGGGUUUGACAGAAGAUCAUAGUUAAUGUACCGAGUCUCACUGUUUUUGUUGCUUGUAUGUAUUUGCUGUUGCUGAAUGACUGCACCGUGUCACCGCUUUACUCGCUCUCUUUGUCUGAAACAGUCUUAGUUCACCAUCUGUUUGUGAUGCACUAAUAUAUCAGCUUCAUUAUUUAUGAAGCUCUGAGCUCAUAAUGGGACAAAAUAGGUGGUGAGUUCAGUUUCGUGACUUUGUUCUUCUGAUGUUUUGGCAUUUUGCAGUUUCUCAGUGUUUGAUAAAUGGGGACCCAAGUUUGUUUCUAACAAUGUGUAGUAAGAAUUCACUUUAAUCCUAAAACUAUAUGGAAAAUUUGCACUUGCUGUUCAUCAUUAUUACUCCUAAAAGAGAACGAAAAACCCUGUUUUGUAUAGUAAAUGAUUAUCUUAUUGUUUGAGAGAAUACACGUCAUUCACACACAAACAGACCUGACAUGCAAUAAACUACAUUUCUAUUCAGUGUUGAGAUUACUGUAUAUGCAAAAAUAGCCUGAAUUUCUUUAACAUUUCAUGAUACUUGCAUGCAUUCAUGCUAAACAUAAAAAUGUUGAACAACCUAGCCAACAUACUGGUAAUACAGUCUAUAAGGAUGAUUAGCCAAGCUAGCUAAAUGUUGACAGUGCAUUGUAUAUAUAAAAAGAAAUGGGCAUAGCUAAUAUGAGAUCACCCAUUGGCCCGUAGACAACUUUUCAAACCUUUAGCUUGGCUGUGACAAAACCAGAAGUAUGUGUUUACACAAAAGGGUGGAGAGCUAAGUUAACAGUUAAUGCUACCUAGCUGUAGUGGUACCUGCUAAUUACUACAAGCUAACCUUUCCUACAUGCUGGAAGCUGGCAGUCAUUCCCUAGGUAACUCUCUAAUUUAUUUACUAUCAGGUCAAUUUAAUUCAGUUAAAUUUAGUCCAAUUUAUAUAGUGUCAACUCACAACAACAGACAUUCCAAGGUGCUAAAUAUAGUAGGUAAAUCAACAAUAUUCAUCAUUAUGAUAAGAUAGUUAUAAGAAUGAAGGCAGUUUCAAUUGAUUGCCUGGAAAUGCCAGCUGUUUUUCUACCCUUAGUCACUUGAUGUCAUGGAAAGUCUUUCCCUUUCUCAGAUAAUUGCAUUAAAACACAAUAACACUGCAAACACAGACAAGGAAUCAAAUUUAGCUACUUGAAUUUGCUGAAGUUUAAUUUCAGAUUAAAUUAAAACAAAACAAAGCAUACUGUCAGUAUGUUUGUUUUUAAUAAAUCUAGGCAUUUUA